AUGAAUGGGGUAAAAGCUUGUUCGAGACAUAUCACUUCUCGAUAUCUGGGAGCUCGUACAGUACGACAAUCGGUAACUCGAUCCUUCAGUUCGACGACCACUAGCCAUGCAAAGACUGACAGUAACCAUCCUGAUUCUCUCAAGUUUGUCAGCCAUUUCCAGAGCCCUGUCGUCCAGCAACUAUGGGUAGCUCGGCAAGAAGCCAAGGCGAAUGUGACUGCAACGGAUCAAUCACUACCUCGCGUGCCAAGGCAAUCAACGACCAGCGUAUCGUACCCCUUCUCGACCAACGAGUUUCUGAAAGAGUCCUAUCGGAAUCCGUGGGGGCAGGUUCGCUUUGGAAAGAUUUUGGAAGAUUUGGAUGCUUUGGCUGGAAAUAUUGCAUUUGCGCACGUCCAAGAUCCUGCCAUGACGAUUGUCACCGCUAGUGUUGACAAGAUCCAUAUAUCGAAGGUAUCGAGCUUGGAAACAGAUUUGGUAUUGUCAGGAAAGGUGACGUAUGUCGGUUCCAGCUCUAUGGAGAUUCGGAUGCAGUGUCGCAAUUUGGACGACUCGGAAGAUGAGUACUGGCUGGAAGCAUUCUUUACUUUUGUAGCGACUGAUCCCGAAACCAAACGUCCCGUCAAGAUUGCUCCCCUGAAGCCAGAAUCACUGCUGGAAGAACGGCAUUUUGCCGCAGGCAAGCAAAGAGCCACUGCGAGAAAGGAAGCCCGAAAGGCACGCAAGGAAGCUUCUGGGUCGAUCGGUGCUACAAGUGGAAAGUUUGGAGCGAUUGCCAAGGAUCUCAUGGACCAAGCAGGACCGGUCAUCAAUAUGCCCAGUAUUUCUUCCCCAGAUAAAAUUCUCAUGGCCCAAACCGAACUGCAGAAUUGUGAACUUGCGCAACCACAAACUAGAAACAUGGCAUCUCAAAUCUUUGGCGGAUUCCUCAUGCGGAAAGCAUACGAGCUGGCCCACAGCACUGCUUACAUUUUCGGUGGAACCUUGCCCACUUUUUAUGAAGUAGACGAAGUUUCCUUUGGCAUGCCAGUCAACGUAGGAGAUUUACUCAAGUUCAAUUCUCGAGUAAUGUACACCUAUACCAGUUCCGACAAAUCAACACUCCGUUGCUUUGAUGGGCUGUCGCAAACAGUGUCCGUGGAAGUGGAAGCCUGGGUGAUUGACCCAAUUCAUCACUCCGCCAAGCUGUCCAACAAAUUCUAUUUCACCUACGCGAUGCCUUCUGAUGUUCCACUGAGACGGGUCUUGCCGUCCAAUAUGGAAGAAGCAAGAAAGAUCGCCACACGAAUGCAAGCAGAUCACAUCCAAGCACUAGAAUAA